UUCUUGCUUGACUGAUUGGCUGUGAACACUUUGCUCAUCAUCACCCUCAGCCAAUGAGAGGCCCGCCUCUUUGAUCAGACACGCUUUAAAUCCCGCUCAGUUGUAAACAAUGACAGUCAAUUAUUUCGUUCUCUGGUGAAAGUCUUCCAGGCAGGAUGAUGUUGCUUGCCUCGCUCCUCACGCUAUGCUUGAGUGCGGUGUCUGCUGCUCCAAGCUUAAACCAGCAGUUAGACGAUCACUGGCACCUCUGGAAGAGCUGGCAUGGAAAAAACUAUCAUGAGAAAGAGGAGGGCUGGAGGAGAAUGGUGUGGGAGAAGAACUUAAGGAAAAUUGAGCUGCACAACCUUGAGCACUCUGUGGGCAAACAUACCUUCCGACUGGGCAUGAACCAAUUUGGUGAUAUGACAAAUGAGGAGUUCAGACAGGCGAUGAAUGGUUACAAUCAUGACCCCAGCCGGAAAUCAAAAGGCUCAUUGUUCAUGGAACCCAGCUUUUUUGGAGCCCCUCAACAAGUUGACUGGAGAGAGAAGGGUUAUGUUACUCCUAUCAAAGACCAAAAACGUUGUGGAUCUUGCUGGGCUUUCAGCUCAACAGGUGCCUUGGAGGGUCAGCUGUUCCGCAAAACUGGAAAGCUGGUUUCUCUGAGUGAGCAAAACUUGAUGGACUGUUCCAGGCCAGAGGGCAAUCAAGGCUGUAAUGGAGGCCUCAUGGACCAGGCUUUCCAGUAUGUUCAGGACAACAAUGGGCUGGAUUCAGAGGAGUCGUAUUCCUACCUUGGAACGGAUGAUCAGCCGUGCCACUAUGACCCCCGUUAUAGUGCUGCUAAUGCCACUGGUUUUGUGGACAUUCCCAGUGGUAAAGAACGUGCUCUAAUGAGGGCUGUUGCUGCUGUGGGUCCUGUAGCUGUUGCCAUUGAUGCUGCACAUGAAUCCUUCCAGUUCUAUCAGUCUGGCAUCUACUAUGAGAGGGAGUGCAGCAGUGAAGAACUUGACCAUGGAGUCCUGGUGGUUGGUUAUGGUUAUGAGGGUGCUGAUGUUGCUGGGAAGAGAUACUGGAUUGUGAAGAACAGCUGGACUGAGAAAUGGGGUGACAAAGGCUACAUCUACAUGGCUAAAGACCAACAUAACCAUUGUGGCAUUGCAACAUCUGCCAGCUAUCCUCUAAUGUAAGGCCACUGGACUGUUCUCUGCAAUCUGGAAGUGCCAGUAGUUCACUUUUUCUUUUAAUAUUUCAUGCUGUUUUAAUUUUUUUAUUUUGUAUUAAAUAUUGUUAUGCAUCUGUUCUUUCUGAAUGCUUGCUUCAUUUAAGUCUGGAACACUGCAAGUAUAUUGUAGAAAGUUUCUUCUAUUGAAGUUAAGCUAUCUUGGAAUGCACAAAUCUAUCAGAAGUUUGUUUUUCUUUUGAUUCAAUGAACCAUUUUCGUUUGUGAUGCAAGUCACUGUAUUUUAAGCUUAAUAUUUUGAGCAGUGUUAGAAGUAACAUUUGACAUGAGCCAUGUUCACAUGCAUUUGUACUACAAGUUGUGCUCUUUCUACUUUACCUGUAAAUGGAUGAAUAUUAAAUCUACUGGUAUAGAGUCAUGAGUGUUUAUGUACACAUGGUAUCUCAUGCAAGCAUGGUCUGUAAGAAGACCAAAUUGUGGUAAAACCAAAGGGCCAAGCAACAGUUCUGUUCUGAGGAGCAUCAUUAAAGUUUAGACCCUUAAGCCAUUUUCUCACUCUACUGAAUUGUGCUGUGUAGCUCAUAAGCUUUUUUAAUGUUAGGCAAUAGACUGUCAAAUCAAAAUCGACUAGGACAGCACUACCAAACUUUUUUCUUUUUUUGCAGAAUACUGUACCACAUCAUCCAUAAAUAAAAUAGUCUGUAAUGGACAUACAACCUGUUACUAAAGUUGUUUAUGUGCUUAACAUAAUGCUUGCAUUAUCUUUGUGCAAAUCCUUAGUACUGGUUUACUGCUCUUGUAGCUUAAACCAUGCUUC